AUGGCUAUGGCAAGCUCCAGUGAUGGCCAGUCAGUUCAAGACUGGGAUGGCAAUUGGGAGGGGUGGCAGUGGCAGUGGCAGGCAACUGCCUCUGGUCAUUGGACAAAGGUGUGGACCAAGACUAAGGAGGCUGAGAAGGAUGUCGCUGAUAAAGAGCCAGAGUCAGAGGGAGAGGUAGAUAUCCCUAUGGAGCCAGCAGACACUGAUGGCACAGAGUCUGAAACCAGCUCCAAAGACUCAGGGCACCAAGACCUCAGGGACAUUGAGGACCUGAACAGCUACCAGUUGUCCAGAGACUUGUUCUGGGAGGCUGAGAAGAGAGUGAGGUACACCAGUGUGGGCCUAACCCCCUAUGAGAUUCACUGCUUGAUGGGAGACCUGCAUGAGGAGUAUGCACACCAUGGUAAGAAGGUGGUGUCAUUGUUUGGCAAACCCAAGGGGGCUGGCCAAGCAGUGAAGGCCUUGCUGAACUUGUUUAGGUUUACCAGCUUUAGCGAAGAGAAGAAUCGCCAGUCCUACGUCUCACAACAAGCUGCCCUGGAAGGCUUGGAGGACGUGAAUGGAGUGGAUGAUGAUGGCCUUCCCUUGGUCUAUUCUGUGGAACGCAUUGCAAACUUCUGGGAUACGAAGCCGGGUGAGCUGGGAGAGAGGUGGAGUCGCUUCUUGAGGAUCUCCACACCCUUCAUCACUCGCUUCUUCUACGCCCUCUUGAACGGUCGCCUCUGGGAGGAUGAGGCUUCGCUGGCUUCGCAGGCGGUGGAUAACAUGCAGGAGCUAGGCCCGACCUUUGUGAAGUUGGGACAGGUGCUGUCCAUCCGUCCCGAUGUCUUGCCGCCAAAGACCAUGAAAGAACUGGCGCGGCUGCAGGACGACAUUGAGACCUUUUCCAACGAGGAAGCGCGAAAGGUCAUCGAAAAGGAGAUGGGAAAACCUGUGGAUGAGAUCUUUUCAAGCUUCUCAGAGGAGCCCAUUGCUGCGGCAUCACUGGCGCAAGUCUACCGGGCAACGCUGCGGGAGACGGGACAAGAAGUGGCCGUGAAAGUUCAGAGGCCAGGAGCUUUAAGCACAGUCUCCAAGGACCUCUACGUCCUGCGUCGUUUGGCGGACGUGGUGCAGCCCUUGAUCCGGCGCUUCACGGCGGAUGAGACGGAUUACAUUGCUCUCACGGAGACCUUUGCGGAAGGCCUUUACACAGAGUUGGACUUCCGUAACGAGGCGUUGAAUGCGCUGCGCAUGGAAGAACUGCUGAAGGAAAGCUUGGGCGAGAGUUCGUUGGAAAAGAUCAUUAUUCCAAGGCCAUUGAUGCCCUUGACCACGCGUCGUGUGAUGCUGUCGCAGUGGGUAAACGGCGUGAAGUUGAGCACCUUGCCCAAGGAGGAGAUCCAAGAGUUGAUUGCCAUUGGACAAGAAGUUUUUCUGACACAGUUGCUUGACAUCGGCUUCUUUCACGGAGAUCCUCAUCCGGGCAACCUCUUGAAGAUUACUGAAGGUGCGUCACCUGAUGAAGACUUAUACUAA